GAAGACGCUCUGACGGCAGUCGGAUGCUGGCGCGCUCAGAGGACGGACCUGACCGUCACAGGAUGUAUCGGAACGGGGAGGAAGAACACUAGCGACGACGAUGGAUUGGAACGAAAGCUCGACGGGUCUGCCGUCCAACGCGAGUAAAGACUACGAGGACUACAACCCCGACGCCAGUAAAAUCCUCAUCCCGUCCAUUUAUGUCGUCGUCUUCUGCGUGGGCCUAACUGGCAACGCCAUGGUUAUCUACGUCAUUCUCAAGUACGCCAAAAUGAAAACGGCCACCAACAUCUACAUCCUGAACCUGGCAAUCGCCGACGAACUCUUCAUGCUGAGCGUCCCUUUCUUCGCCACGUCCGCCGCAGUGCGACACUGGCCCUUCGGCUCGGUCAUGUGCAGACUGGUGCUGAGCGUGGACGGCAUCAACAUGUUCACGUCCGUCUUCUGUCUCACCGUGCUGAGCGUGGACCGCUACGUGGCGGUGGUGCAUCCUAUUAAAGCGGCGCGCUACCGCCGACCCACCGUGGCCAAAGCGGUUAACGUCUGCAUCUGGGGCUUGUCGCUGGUGGUCAUCCUGCCCAUUGUUAUCUUCGCCGACACCGUCCCGGCAGAGGACGGCGCCGUGGACUGCAACUUUCUCUGGCCGGAGGCCUCCUGGUCCGAAGCUUUCGUGGUCUACACCUUUCUUCUGGGCUUUCUCCUUCCCGUGGGAGCCAUAUGUUUGUGCUAUUGCCUCAUGGUGGCCCGGAUGCGAGCGGUGGGGCUGAAAGCCGGCUGGCUUCAACGGCGCAACUCCGAGAAGAAGAUCACCCGCAUGGUGCUUCUGGUGGUGGCCGUCUUCGUCCUCUGUUGGAUGCCCUUCUACGUGGUCCAGCUGGUCAGCGUCUUCCACGGGCCGCCGAACCCGGUGCUCACCCAGCUUUUCGUCAUUCUCAGCUACGCCAACAGCGGCGCCAACCCCAUCCUCUACGGCUUCGUGUCCGAUCACUUCCGACGCUCCUUCCAGCGCAUCGUCUGCUUCCGCUGGCUGGAGUCCGGCGUGGACGCCGAGCAGGUGGACUACUGCGCCGUGGCGGCCGAGGGACGAGUCGCCUGCGCCCAACCGGAGUUCCCCAAAGACUUCGCCGCCUCUGAUUCCAUCUUUCCUAAUGGAAUGUGUGCCUCACGCACGUCUGCAGUGUGAAGAAAAAUUCCUUGAAAUCAUGGUCCAGAAUCCCAAUCAUAUGCCAACAUCCCCAGCAUAGGUGAUCAUUACCAUCAUGUGUCACAUGACCCGUUUUUAGACAUCAUCCAUCAGAUAUUUUACGGUAAAUCAAAUAUUAAGGAGCUCAAACUUGUUUAUGAAAAAAAAAUGACCAAGUCAUCAUAGCAUUCUGCUAUUUUAAGCUACAGUGGUAUAAAAAAAAGUAUCUGAUUUGUCAAAAUCACACAAAUGAAAAAAAGUGUCGGCUUUAACUAAAACCACCCAAAAAUGUAUAGGUUUUCAUAUUUUAAUGCGGAUAGCAUGCAGACAAUGACAGAAAGGGGGAAAGUAAGUAAGUGAACCCUCUUCUUAAGGAGACUGAAAGAGCAAAUGAAACCAAUUUUUACCAAACAACUGAAGUCAGGUGUGUGCCCAAUCACUGAUGAGUGCUUUAAAGCUGCCCUGCCCACUAUAAAACACACACCCAGGAAGAAUUCUCUUGAUGAAAAGCAUUGUCUAAUUUGCAUCUAAAGACCUGCGACCAGCGCAGAAUACUCAGAGAGGUGAAAAAUAACCCUAGAGUGUCUGCUAAAGACUUACAGAAAUCACUGGCACAGUCCAAUAUCUCUGUGCACACAUCAACUACAUUUAAAACUAUGUCCGAGAAUGUUCAUGGGAGGACUCCACCGAGGAAGCCACUGCUAAAAAAAACCCAUUGUUGCUGGUUUAAUGUUCGCAAAAAGGCACUUGGACACUCCACGGAAGUUUCGCCAAAAUAUUUUGUGGGCUGAUGAAACCAAAGUUGAAUUGUUUGGGAGUAACACACAACGUCAUGUGUGGAGGAAAAACGGAACAGCUCUCACCAACAUCUACACUUCAUCCCCACAGUGAAGCAAUCAUUAAUGGAAGAACGAAUUCAAAAGUUUAUCAGGAUGUUUUGCAAGAAAACCUGUGGCCGUCCACCAGAGAUGACGCCAAGAGUUCAGCGCAGAAUACUCAGAGAGGUAAAAAAAAAAAAAAAAGAACCCUAGAGUGUCUGCUAAAGAUUUUCAGAAAUCACUGGCACGGUCCAAUACCUCUGUGCACUCAACGACAUGUAAAACUACGGCCAAGAAUGGUGUUCAUGGGAGGACUCCACGGAGGAAGCCACUGCUGUCUAAAAUAAGCAUUGUUGCUCAUUUAAUGUUUGCAAAAAGGCCCUUGGACACUCUACAGAAGUUUUGGCAAAAUAUUUUGUGGACUGAUGAAACCAAAGUAGAAUUGUUUAUGAGUAACACACAAUGUCAUAGGAGGAAAAAUGGACAGCUCACAAGCAUCAACACCUCAUCCCAACCGUGAAGCAUGUUAGAGGGAGCAUCAUGAUUUGGGGCUGUUUUGCUGCCUCAGGGUCUGGACAACUUGCAAUCAUUAAUGGAAGAAUGUAUUCAAAAGUUUAUCAGGAUGUUUUGCAGGAA